AUGGCCAUUCUCCCAGGCGCUUUCCCAGACAAUGUCUCCUCGGAAGUUAAAGCAUUCCUAGAAAAGUAUUUCCAGCUCUCUAAUGCAGCAUCUUCGCACAAUGAUCAUGAAGCAAAUGAACAAGCAUUCGCAGAGCUAUUUUCGAACGAUGGCAUGUAUGAAUUUGCAGAAGAACAAAAUGUGGGGCGCGACGCAAUCAUAUCUUUUCGCAAGAAGCUUUUUGCUAGUGUUCCGCAUCGUGAGCAUCCAGUCGUGAGGAUUUUCACCUUUGGAUCAGAUGAUAUGAACCUGAUGUGUUAUGGGACCGUUGGAUAUAGAUUAUCUGAUGAUACAGUGAAUAUGCAAGAGUGGGCAGCACGAUACGAGAUAGUAAAGACUGAACCCGGUGACUUGAAGUUCAAAUAUGUCCAAAUCAUAGUCAGCCCCGCCCGAGAUUCUUGA